AUGGCCAGUGCCCUCCGCCAGAGAGCCGUCGCUGUCAAGGCUGACUUGGCCGCCAAGCGCAAGCCUUCAGGCUGGGUUCUCCCCCGCGAGACGGCCUCAUUUGCCGAAGAGGGGACUUGGACAAACAUUGACUGCGACGUUACACCCGUGGACCGCAGAACUUGGUCCGUCUGGACCUUGGGCCUCUACUGGGGCAGUGAUGCCCUCAACAUUCAGGGCUGGAUGGCCCCGGCUGCCAUCAUGGUCGGAGGCCUGACUUGGCGUGAGGCCAUCCUCUCUAUCAUCAUCGGCAGUCUUGUGUGCACCGUCCCCCUCGUUCUCAACGGCUUCAUCGGCGCCCGACUCCACGUUCCAUAUCCCAUUGCAGCGAGGGCUUCUUUUGGUUGGUACUUUGCACGAUUCGCCGUUGUCACACGAGCCGUCACAGCCCUGUUCUGGCAUGCAAUCCAGACUUACACAGGCUCAACUGCCAUGACGCAGAUGAUACGCGCCAUCUGGCCCUCAUACCUAGAUAUACCCAACCACAUCCCAGAGUCGGUCGGCAUCACCACUCAGCAGAUGGUCAGCCAUUUGAUCUUCUGGAUUGUGCAGUUCCCCAUUCUGCUUAUCCCGCCCCACAAGCUCAAGUGGUUCUUCGUCACCAAAGUCGUUCUUGUCCUCAGCACUUCUACCGCAGCCGUCAUCUACAUGACCUCCCGAGCGGGGGGUACUGGUGAUAUCUGGGACCAACCCUACCAGGUCCAUGGCUCGGCUCGCCGCUGGCUCAUCCUCUCUAGCAUAUCCAGCAUCACCGGCGGGUGCGACUUUACACGCUACCUCAAGAAACCCGGAGGCGUUUACUAUCAGAUCGCCUUCCUGCCGCUCAUCCAGCUUCUUGUCGGGAUUUUUGGCAUUAUCUGCUGCUCAGCCUCCCGUGUGGUCUACGGCGAGUACAUCUGGGACCCUCUUGACCUGGCCUCCCGGUGGGACGGCCCAGGUGGCCGUUGCUUCGCCUUUUUCUUCGGCCUCGGCUGGUGCAUUGCCCAGAUCGGCACAAACCUAUCGGCAAACGUCAUCUCCUGCGCCAACGACCUCACGAGCCUUUGCCCCAAGUACAUCAACAUCCGCCGGGGCGUCGUUAUAACGACCAUCACAGCAGCCUGGAUCAUGCAGCCAUGGAAGAUUAUCCACUCGGCCGCGUCGCUCCUUUCUUUCAUGAGCGGCCUCGGCAUCUUCCUCGCGCCCAUUGCCGCGCUGCUCGGUGCUGACUACUGGCUCGUCCACCGCCAGCGCCUCGAUGUCCCGGGCCUGUAUCGAGCUCACGGGCGCUACCGGUACAACAAGGUCGGGACAAACUGGAGGGCUGUCAUUGCUUUCCUCGUCAGCGCCGUGCCGAACAUUCCUGGACUAGCGGCGCAAGUUGAACCAUCGCUGAAGAAGAGCAUCGGGGGCGCCGACAAGAUUUAUUACAUGUUUUAUUUCUGGGGAUUCACGAGUGCUUUUGCCGUGUACGUUGUGCUGUCGCUCGUUUUCCCGGCAAAGGAGACUCUGAUUCCUGAAACGAUCUAUGAUGAUGGAGAAGUACUCGAGGGGACGUACGGACCAAAUGAGAGGUCUGGCGACACGGAUAGUGCACAUGAGAAGAGUCACGUUGACGUGGGACGGAAGGCGUAG